AUGAAAAGCAUGACGAACAAAGGAACUAAGAAGAGCUCGAAAAUCAGAAAAACAGAUAUUACUGAAUCGGGAAUAUUGAAGGAGAAGAAGAUGAAUAGUUAUAAGGAGGAGGAGAAGAAGUUGAAGCGUAGAUUGAUGAAAUUCGAGGAAUUACCGGUGUAUCUUCAAGAUAAUGAGUUCAUCAGAGACUAUUAUCGUUGUGAAUGGCCUCUUAAGGAGGUAGCUCUUAGCGUCUUCUCUUGGCAUAAUGAGACUCUCAAUAUUUGGACGCAUUUGGUAGGUUUUGUGGUGUUUGUGACGUUGACGGUAACGAGCUUGAUGAAGAAGACGGCAAUGGAGACUCUGCUUGCUGGUUUCUCCAGACCGGCGGGUGUGGGACGGUGGCCGACCAUGAAGAGCAAUGGCUCAGCUGAUUCUUUUCCGGAUUCUUACACUAGUCAGAUCUCAGACCCCUCAUUUCUAGGUGCAUAUGGAGAUGGUUAUGAAGUUGCCAUAUGGCCUUGGUUUGUUUUCUUAGGAGGAGCUAUGAUCUGUUUGGUCUUCAGCUCUGUCUCUCACCUAUUUGCUUGCCACUCCCAUAAAUUUACCCUCUUCUUCUGGCGUCUCGAUUACUCUGGGAUUUCGAUCAUGAUCAUCUGUUCAUUCUUCGCUCCCGUAUAUUACACUUUCUGUUGUCAGCCACACUGGUGUCUCCUUUACCUAUCCUCCAUUACUAUAGUCGGUAUCCUUGUCAUUAUCACUCUUUUCGCCUCGGCUCUCACCUCUGGUACAUUUAGAUCAUUCAGGGCUGUUCUGUUCCUUGCUAUGGGUUUCUCAGGUGUGAUUCCUGCAGCACAUGCUGUUUCCCUCUACUUUCAUCACCCACAAGUACUCGUGGCUCUAGUCUAUGAGAUCACCAUGGGCCUUUUAUAUGCUGCUGGAGCAGUGUUCUACGUUACAAGGUUUCCAGAGAGAUGGAAACCUGGUACAUUUGACCUUGUUGGACAGAGCCAUCAAAUCUUCCAUGUACUCGUCGUUGCAGCUGCCCUCUCACAUAGCAUAGCAACUCUGGUUAUUAUGGACUGGCGUCGAGGAUUGCCACCAUGCAAUGCAGGUAUUCUUGGAUAGACUAUAGUACAUCUGCAAAUGGCAUUAUUCCCAACUCAGAAACUUCAUUACUCUUAGCUCCUAACA